AGAAAAUGCACACGUUCGCUGACCAAAAUGCUAUAGUGCGCACUCAAGAAACAGCGCAUCCUAGCAUUCUGUACUUGAAAGGGAGAAGAAGGAAUUCAAACGAUUUAAAAAGGCGUUUCACUUUGGAAUCUAAGAAGCCGGGUCAGUUUUGUUCCACACUUCCUUCUCUCUGAUUCCUUUGUUUGUGACAAAUCUAGCUUCUUAGCUCUUCUCUUUCCUCUGUGAUCAUCCCUCUGUAAAGAGUUUCUGUAUCUCUCAAAUCCCAAAAAGGAAAUUCCUUUUUUCGUUCCAAGCUCGAUCUUCUCGCUUUUUGUCCGUUACCUUUGUGACCCAUGAUGGGUUUUGAGGUCUUGCCUUUGGGUUCAAGCAUCUUUUUAUGGUCGUGCUUCUAGAAGAAGUAUCGCAGAGAAACUAAGUUAGCCGAAGGUUGAACGGGGCCUCAAGUUUUGUGAGUUAAAUUGGGUUCUAGAUCAGGUCUCCAGUGUCCAGUUCGUUAAGAAGAGAAGUACUUAACAGGUUUGCGUUGCUCAGAGGACCUAAAAAGAGGCAGAAUUUUUCUAGAGUUGCAGGGCACAAGAAAAUAAGCUACUUAUAUGGUGCCUUUUGCCAUCAUUACAGGUCAUUAUCUGCAAUGAAUACUUUUGAAAACAAGGAUAAUGACUUGGAAACUGGUAAGUUAAUCAAAGAUGGAGAAAAGACAGCACGAAGUAACAAAGUACUUAAGAUACCUAAUCAAGCCUUAUUGUCUGGCUUUGCAUAUUGCAUUUCGUCAUGCAGCAUGAUACUUAUCAACAAGUUUGUGCUUUCCAGCUAUGAUUUUAAUGCCGGGAUAUCUUUGAUGCUUUACCAGAAUCUUAUUUCAGUGAUUAUUGUGUCUAUAUUGAGUUUUCUGGGCAUAAUAUCAACAGAACCACUAACAUGGAGAUUGGUUAAGGUUUGGUUUCCUGUGAAUGUUAUUUUCGUCGGGAUGCUCAUUACCAGCAUGUUUAGCUUGAAAUACAUUAAUGUUGCAAUGGUCACCGUCCUGAAGAAUGUUACUAACGUGAUAACUGCUCUUGGAGAAAUGUAUUUAUUCAGUAAGCAUCAUGACAGCAGAGUGUGGGCUGCUCUGUUCCUAAUGAUAAUUUCAGCCAUUUCCGGAGGGAUUACUGAUCUAUCUUUUCAUGCCGUUGGCUACGCAUGGCAGAUUAUUAACUGCUUCUUAACUGCAUCAUAUUCUCUGACUCUACGUAGGCUCAUGGAUACAGCAAAGCAAGUUACCAAAUCUGGAAAUCUGAAUGAGUUUUCAAUGGUCUUGCUUAAUAACACCCUAUCAUUGCCAUUAGGGAUUCUUCUAAUUUUUAUUUUCAAUGAGGUGGAUUACCUCACCAGAACGCCACUAUUGAGGUUGCCAACCUUCUGGUUUGUAAUGACAUUAAGUGGAGUUUUGGGACUAGCAAUCAGCUUCACUUCUAUGUGGUUUCUUCAUCAAACUGGGGCUACAACGUACAGCCUUGUGGGGUCGUUGAAUAAGAUCCCUCUGUCCAUUGCUGGCAUCCUUAUAUUCAAAGUUCCUACCAGCUUAGAAAACUCGGCAAGCAUAUUCUUCGGUCUCAUAGCUGGAGUAAUUUUUGCAAGGGCCAAAAUGCGGGAAAGAUCUCAAACCUGAAAAGUAGCAAAAGUUACAUAUCUUGAACAUGAUAACCUAGUUUUGCACUCUGGACUAAAUUGCACAAGAGAGCUGCACUUAUGUCAUGAAGUCAUCAGGGAGAGUUAAGUGGUGCAGUUUCCCAUCAAAAGAGAGAAAUAGGAGUGAACAUGGAAUGAUCUUGGCUUAUUUGCAAGUGCUGUUCUGCCCGUUUUAAUUUUUUUUCUUUUUCCUUGUUACAUGAGAGAACUGCAAUCUCUUCUUCUUAGGGGAAUGGGUUGGGUUGGGCUGGGUUGGGUAUCUGGGUUGGUUGUAUCGAGGGAAGUUGCUUGCACUAAUUCUUUCUCAUAUCUGUAUAUAUACAUAUACUGUUCUGUUCUAAAAUUUCGUAAAAUCCU